CGAUUCCAGUCUUGUCUCCGCAGCCGAAUUGUGUGCAUCGUUUAUCCGCAUUUUGUGGACAGUCUUUUGCGUGUCUAAAUAGAGUAUUUUUUCUAAAUAGUUCUCAAAUUGUGAAAUUUUGUCUAAAACCAACAAGUCUAGUGCAAAGAGCUUGUCUUCUCUUGUGAUUAUCUGAGUUUUCGAGAGAUUCUAGAGUGAACACAUUGUGAGAAUAAACAAAAAAUUAAAAUCGCCAUGCCUCGUAACGAUUCCGCCGGAAAGAUGUCCGCCGGUUACAAUCCGGGGGGCAGUAUCAGUGCCGACCGUGUCCAACCGGGCCGGGUUAUGUUGAUUCUCCGGGAUGCGCUGGUCGACGACGAGCUGGUGUACCAAAUCGCCCUGCAGGCCGGCGAAGUGAAAAGUGUCCACCGGCCACAGGCCAACCGGCAGAUGGUGUUUGUCCAGUAUGAAAAUCCAGGUGUUGCCGAGCAAGCCAUAGCCAUGAUGAAAAACCUACCAAUAUUCAAAGCCGUUGAUCCGGCCAUAAAAUCCGAAAGAUUUGCGAAGGAAAAAUCCGAUGUCGGCGGCAGCAACAUGAACAACAAUUACAACGACGAUCAACAGCAGAGAAAUUCCAGCAUGAACAACCAAAUGAACAAGGGUAGCGGCAAUCGGCAGCAAAGGGGAGGUAACAAUUCCAAUAACAACAAAAGUAACAAGAACAACAAUAACAGCAUGAAUGGCGGAGGAAGUUACGGUGAUGUGAAUCUCAUGACUAUGGACUUUGAUUCGCCGCAGAGGUCUCAACCUAGGAAUAUGGACACCUACCAACCGAAGUUCAGCCUUGGCUGCUGGUCUUGCACCAAGAUGCCUAGCUAUGAGUGCCGCUGCGGUGCCUUCUACUGCGAUGUGGAAUGCCAACGUGCUGACUGGCCCGUCCACAAGGACAUCUGCAUGCCUCGACUGGUACCCAUUUCCUAUUCCAACAAUCGCAUCCUCCAGGAAGCGCUGUCCGCUUCCUUGCACUCGUCUGGAUCUCCUUUUGCUCAGUCUCCUAGGGAUUCGUCGCAAUCCCAGCAGCAACACCAGCAAAAACAACCGCAGCAGCAGCAACAACAAAGACAACAGCCACAAAAUCAACAAAAGCAGCAACAGCAACAACCGCAAAAGCAGCAACAGCAAAAUCAGAACAACCGUCAACGCGGUCAGACCAAGGGCAAUCAAAGCCCGCCGGAUCAACAGCAGAAACAAAGCCACAAGCAGGAAAGCCCUCGGCCAUCUGCACCGGCACCGAAGCAACGGCAAAUGUCUCCUAAGAGUUCACCGGAAGAAAACAGCCCAACCGAGAAGGUCAGUCGCCUUGGAACUAAGCUGCAGCGGCUGAAGAUUGCAAAGUCUGGUUCCGGUGCGGUGAGCAGAGGCAUCCUCCAGGCUGGACCGUUCCCUCGGGAAGGUGCAAUGGUCAAGAUUACCGCCUCGUUGCCCUCCGGGGUGAUAUACAUCUAUCACAACAACGGCAAAGAUGGCCAGCAGAGUGAUUACUACCUGUUGACGAAUCGUAUGUACAAGGCGGCCAAUGAAGCGGGACCGCUGAAGGAGGUUCCCUCGGUGGAUGACGUCAUCUUUGCUCCCUUCCUCGGCGGAUACUACCGGGCCAAAGUUCUGGCGGUGAACGGCGAGAAGUUGCAGGUGUUCUACGUCGACUUUGGCAACAUCGAUAAGGUCGAGUGGAAGGAAUCGAGGGAAAUUGCCGACGAGGGCCUGAAGUGGGCCAAGUAUUUGACCUAUCCGGUGAUGUUGGAAGGCGUGGAGACAUUCAGCGGAGAGAUGCUCAAGCUGCUGGAAACGUUGGAACAUGUGGAAGAAUUCGAGAUGGUAAAAGCGAAUUCCAUGUCGAACUCAGAGAUGAAGUCGGUGGUUUUAAAGCGCCUGAAGAAAUCGCUAACGCUUAACAUGGAGUUGAUGGAAGUGCAGGAACGGGUGCUUCGGGAGAGACAGGAGCGUGAGCGAGAGCGACUGGAAAAGGAAAAGAAAGCCAAGCAGGAACAACCUACGCUGCCGGCGGAUGUGGAUGUGGAGAUUGCCGAUCCGAGCAACUAUAAACCGGUGCUGUUCGAUGAAUCAAUGGAAACCAGUCAACUAACGUGUGGCACAACCAAGAAGCUGCUUAUAAUCGAUGCCAGUGAAGUGCUGGAGACACGCAUAAUUUCGGUGGUGGCUGCUGAGAAUGCGCGGAAGUACACGGCCAUCCUGGAGCAUUGUAGCUUUGCCGGGGCGAAGGACUCUAACGUCUACAAACCGGUCGAGGAGGGUGAAGUUUGCCUGGUCUUCCACCAGGAUGAUUGGUCCCGGGCGUUGUACGACAUCUCCGACGGUAGCUAUAUGCUGUUGGACGUGGGCAUCAUUACCAGCGUUCCGGCGGCUAACGUUCGGCGAUUCCCGCCGCAGUUGAGCCACAUGGUGUACAACAAUGAGGUGUUCGUCGAAAAUCUCCCCAAGCUGAAGGCGAUGAUGACGGACGGCAAACCGGACUCCAUUCACGGAGCGUUGAUCGAGGCCAAGAUUGCCGCUUCGGAUGACGGAAUUUCCAUUUCUCUCGUGGAUGCCUAGAGCACACGCUACUUCUGCUAAACGAAACGCAACACCAUUGAGGUAAAACUGCGUCUCCUAGGUUGUAAGGAUUUUAACAUAGUUUACCGGAUGCUUCGUGAACUGCGAAACGUACCAUCCCAAAGUUUUAAUUUUUCGGAGCUUAGAAGUGUCUACAGUUGUACAAUUUUUAAAUCUAUACUUGAUUUCGCUUACGUUCUUGUCUGUCUAUCGAACAAUUUUUAUUUGCUAUUCCGUAAACGUUUUGAUUCUAUAUUCCCGAUUCAAUUGUGUGGGUUUAUGAAAAAGUGUCUACGCGAUUCUCAGCGCAAACGUUUUCCGUCGUCUUUCCAGUUUAGUUAGUUUUAAAACAAAUCGGUUAAAAACACUUUUAUUCUGUUACUUGCUACAUUUUAGUUUAUCGAUCGAGUUCAAGAUGGACGCAUAGUUUUUGAUGAAAAAAGUUUUCCCGGAAAACUCCAUGAAACAUGCAAGAAUAUUGUCCUCCGAUCUGCCAAAGUCGAGUUUCUGAAAUAAAUUGUGUAUAACAAGGCGAUGGUUUAUGACGGCGUUGUACGGUGAA